CCAAUGAACCAACGAAAAGCAAAAUUAAGUUCAUACGUACACAGAAAGGUCCAAGAAAGAGACUUGUGCAAGUAUGAAGUUAUUUGCGAUCCAAAGCUCGAACUAGUCAAAGGACCCCAGUUGUUGUACUUGUACAAGCUCCCUUCCUCCUCGCCACGGCCCACGCCCACCAACCAUCAUUGAUCGACGGCGCCGCCAUGCAUCCCCGGCGGCUGCUCCUCUCCAUUCUAGCAUGUCUACUACUGCUGAACGCGACGGCGGCGGCAGCGGCUGCUGCCGCGACAAGCUGUGCGCCGAAGACAUGCGGCAACCUGACCAUCGCCUACCCGUUCUGGCUCCCCGAGCAGCCUUCGAACUCCUCCGCCGCACCGUGCGGCCCGCCGGCCUUCCAGGUCAACUGCCGCGGCGACCGCGCGUCGCUGGCCCGCUCCUUCCGCGGCGGCUACAAGAUCCUCCGCGUGGCCUACGCCGACCGCACCGUCGUGGUCGCCAACGACAACCUACAGACCAACGGCAGCGGUUGCCCCGUGCCGCGCAUCGACGUCUCCGCCAGCCUCAGCCUCGCGCCGUUCACGGCCAGCGAUGCCAACGCCCAGCUUGUCUUCCUCUUCAACUGCACCGGUACGCCGGCUGGGUUCGUGAAUGUGACGUGCCCGGGGACGCAGGCCGUGGUGCGCCUGGACCCGAGCUACAACACCACCGACGCGAGGGCGGUCGCCGGGAACUGCGACUACUCGGUCGUGCCGGUGCUGGGGUCCCCCGGCGCGGGCGCCGGGGACUACCCGAGGCUGCUGAGGGGCGGGUACUUGCUCGACUGGAGGGCGCCGGCCGGGGACUGCACGGCGUGCAGUGCCAGCGGCGGCCGGUGCGGGUACGACUCCGACGCGGAGACGUUCGCGUGCAUUUGCGCCGACGGGUCGUCACGUCCGGCAAGAUGCGAUGCAAAGAAGUCCAGCAGGAAGAAGGUCAUCCUGAUAGUAUCAUUGUCGAUCACUUGUGGAGUGCUGUUUGCAUGCCUUAUCAUCAUCCUGAAGUUCCGUCGACAUGUGCGCGGUCUCAGUUUAUUCAGCAUCAUAGACAGAAGCAGCAGUGACACUGCAAACGUUGAAAAGCUGUUACAAAAGUACGGAUCCCUCGCUCCUAAGAGGUACAGGUAUUCCGAACUCAAGAGGAUAACCAAAUCUUUCAAGCACAAGCUCGGCGAGGGCGGCUACGGCGCGGUGUUCAGCGGCACCCUGAACGCGGGCGGCAACCGCGCGCGCGAGGUCGCCGUCAAGUUCCUGCACCACUCCAGGCCCAACGGCGAGGAGUUCCUGAACGAGGUGAUCAGCAUCGGCCGGACGUCCCACGUGAACGUCGUUACCUUGCUCGGGUUCUGCCUCGAGGGCUCUAAGCGCGCCCUGGUCUACGAGUACAUGCCCAACGGUUCGCUGGACAGGUACAUCUACUCCACGGACCCCCGCACGGCGAUGGGGUGGGAGACGAUGCACGAGAUCGCCGUCGGCGUUGCACGGGGCCUCGAGUACCUGCACGGAGGGUGCAACACGCGGAUCAUCCACUUCGACAUCAAGCCUCACAACGUGCUUCUAGACGUGGAUUUCCGGCCGAAGAUUGCGGAUUUCGGGAUGGCGAAGCUGUGCAACCCGAAGGAGAGCAUCCUGUCAAUGGCGGACGCGCGGGGGACGAUCGGGUUCAUCGCGCCGGAGGUCUUCUCCCGGGGAUUCGGGGUCAUCUCGACCAAGUCCGACGUGUACAGCUACGGGAUGCUGUUGCUGGAGAUGGUCGGGGGAAGGAGCAACGUGAAGGCCUACGCGGAGAACUCGAGCGACCUCUUCUUCCCGCUCUGGGUCUACGACCAUCUGCUCGAGGACGGUGGUGUGCUGCAGGACGGUGCCACCGGCGGCGGCGGCGCGGGAGCGGGAGCAUCGGAAGGCGAGGAGAUCGCGAGGAAGAUGGCGCUGAUCGGGCUCUGGUGCAUACAGACCGUGCCCGCGAGCAGGCCGUCGAUGAGCAGGGUGCUGGAGAUGCUCGAGAGGAGCAUCCACGAGCUGGCGAUGCCCCCGCGGCCGUACCACUCUUCUCCAUCGAACUCUCCGUCGCCUUCUCACCCAUCGAGCUACCCGUCGACUUCUGUCUCGGAAUUCAGCCAACGCUCAAGAUUGUGUACACCGGAGAGCACAGCGUGAUGAAAGGAUCGGAUUGGGAAGGGGGAAGCCAGAGUUGUACAAUUGGAGACAUAGGACGAGUCAAGACUCGAGAUAGGUUGGCAGCCCAUUGUUCUGUACUGUGCAAUAAAAAAGUUUCUCUUUUUUUCUUUUCUUUUUAGUAGAGGUGCAGAUACGACCAUAAAUCAUACUUAUUACUGUUUCAUACAGUUUAGUGAUUUGGGUAGACA